AUGCUCAAGAUCUGGCCGGCGCUGCUGAAAUUCAGCACCUGCGUGACCAAGCGCUUCGUCUUCGAUGCCACCGCCAUUGCGGCAAUCAAGUCUGCGGCGGCUCACCCGUCGCUGGUGGCGCACCCGACCUGGAUCGAGGCAAUCUCAGCCUUCAUAUGGGGGCGCUGCAUUGCCGCCACCGAGGCCCGCCGGGACGGCGCGCGGCGGCCGUCCGUGCUCUCCCACAUGAUAAACCUCCGGAGCAAGAACAAGAGCUCGGCGGCGCUGCCGGAGCACAUGAUCGGGAACCUGAUCUGGAUCGCGACGGCGAGAUCCGACCCCGAAUCAGAGAGGAAUCUCCAGUCCCUCACGAGCGCGCUCCGAGAGUCGCUCCUGAAGCUGAACGUCAAGUUCUUCGCGGGACUGGCCGGCGAGGAGGCGACGUCUCGGGUCUACAAGUGCUUGGAGGAGAUGAGCGAGGUGUACGGGGACGAGGAGGCGGACUACUUCGGGUUCAGCAGCCUGUUCAACGUCGGGGUCUACGAGGCCGAUUUCGGGUGGGGCAAGCCGGUGUGGGUCAGCCCGGGCUGGAUCAACCUGCCGGUCUAUCAGAACCUGGUGUUCCUGAUCGAGACGCGGAGAGGGGACGGGAUCGAGGCGUGGGUCACCCUGGGCGAGGAGGACAUGGCGGCGCUCCAGCGCGACGGCGAGCUCCUCUCGUACGCUUCCGUCGAGCCGAGCCCUCUCGAGCCCCGCAGAUGA